CGCGAUCGUUCAACAAUUGAAAAUUUGAACGGCAUUUACAGAUAGUGCCACUUCUAUACGGUUAUCGGUUGUCGUGUGUAAUAAUAUUACGAAGUUAUAUAACGCAUAGAAUUGGUAAAACACAUUUCACUCGGGUUACCCCGCACUAGUUAUAGGUAAAAUACGAUCGAAAACGGAAUUUCUGGUAACAAGACCGCGGACGGUCAAUUUAUAUUUUUAUUCCGACGUUGCCGUAUUCAAUGGAUAUAUUUUAUCAAACGAUCGAACACGACAUUUGAUACCGGUCCAGAUAAAUCUCGAAAAUUGGCUACGUGUACAUAAAUACAUUAAUAGGUACGUAUAAAACGUAUUCGUAUAAGAAUAAAUAAUAUGAUUUUCUCUGUAAUAUACCUCUAUACAUAAUAGUAUUUCGUUUACUCGGCGGAUAUUCGCGGUUUGUUUUCGUUUCCCUGUAUGACGGGUUUAAUUAUUUUUUUUUUCCGCUUUUCCGCCUUCCUGUCCCCUACCCUCCCCGCACAAGUCAAUAAUACCCUUCCGGUCGGUCACACGGUCCGGUGCUACGGCGCCGCCGCCAAACACCCGCGCGGUCGCCAAGGCAGCGGUGCGCCCGGCAACAGUGAACACGCAGUCGGACCGACGGAGAAAAAAACAAACAUUCGGCUCGACCGAUUGUCGGCGGGCCGUAAAAAUAUUCGAUAUCGACUGGCUCAUCGACGACGACGACGACGAAAAUAACAAUAACAACAACAACUACAACAACAACGACAGUAGCAGCAACCACAACAUCGACGAUAUUAAUAUAAUUAUUUACGGACCGUACACGCGCGAAUAUCAUAAUAAAACUUCGUCUACGUGCUCGCGGCGUGUGCGUCUUCUCAUCACCGUCCUGUCCGAGUGCCGUUUCGAGCGGCGCCGAACGCGACGAAAUGAACGGAUGUCCCCAGUUCCGGUAUCCUGUGCCGUCCGGAAGCGGGUGUUUCGGCGACGGCGGGGCCCCGUCCAAAUCGGCCGCGGCGUACGACGAAAUCCAACAGCUGUCGGACGGCGUGCGGCGCGCGCUCGAGUGUCCGGUGUGCAAGGAACUGUCGGGCGCCAUGUUCACGUGCUGCGACAACGGGCACGGCCUGUGCGGCGACUGCUCGUACACGAUGAACAGGCUGCACCCGCAGACGCCGCCCAAGUGUCCGCUGUGCCGAUCGCCGCCCGCCCGUCUGGACGACGACGGCUGCACGCCACCGACGAUGGACACGUACGCGGAAGAGCUGCACGACCCGUACACAACAGUGGCCGUCCAACCGGUUCCGGUACCGGCCUCCGCGCGCAAGCUGAACGAGAUCAUGUCCGUCGUGAAGGUGACGUGCGCCUACCGGCUGAACGGGUGCCCUUAUCUGCUGUACGUGCUGUCGUCCGCCACGCACGAGGCCCUGUGCCCGCACGCCCCGCACGUCCGGUGCAUGGUGCCCGAUUGCCAGUGGUCCGGCGCGUACGGUGACACGUUCCACCACGUGUCCACCAACCAUCUGUUCUCCGCCUACGACGUGCUGGUAAACCAGUUCCUGAUGCCGGACCUGACGUUCGGGCUGCAAGGCCCCAUGCGCCGCGCGUACCUGACGAGAAACGUCCAGGACGGCGGCCGACUUUACUGGGUGUGCGUGGCCCAGCCGUCGAUGGAAGCGAUCCAAGUGGCCGUGCUCAAGGUGUUCGACCCGGACGCGCACACCAAGUUCACCAGCGGGCCGCCGGGCAUGGAGUUCCGGGUGAAGACGAUGAGCCGGAAGGGCUGGCCGAAGCAGAGGGGCCGCUCGCGGUAUGUGUGCUGGGACCGGAUGGUGCUGGACCGGAUGGCGCGGGUCCUGGCGGGCUACGACUACCAAGAAAAGAGCAUCGCCGCACUGCACACGCCGCCGUGGUGCACCGUGACCGUGCGCGACCACAUGCAGUACGAGGCCAUAAUCACGUGGAACACAAUGCACCAUUGAGCCGUCGGCGGAGCGGCGGCACCGGAACGGGGACACGGACACGACGCUACACGCCCUAUGUUUAUCGUUAUUAUUCGUUGUUUGAGUUUGGCGUCGUUACGCAAUAGUCGAAUGGCGUUCCGUCAAUUUUUUAACCGCACGACGAUGGAAACAACUGCGUCGCGCAUCCGUCGCCGCUCGCACAUUGCACGGCCGAAAAAUGUUAUAAUAUGAUUUACCUCGUCGGUCCGUCGCGGGCACCAUCGAAAUCGUCGCCGCUGCAGUAUCAAAAUAGAUCAUAACUCCCUCGUUCCUAGAUAUGGUCCAAAAUGCGUUCAGUUAUCCGAUGAAAAUGGUUGUCUUUCAAGGUUUCUAAGUGACUGUUUUUUUUUAAGUACAUACACCGUUGAUGUAAAUUUUAAUAAUCAGACUUUUUUUUUAUUAUUAUUUAUACUGUUGUUGUUAUUUAUGUUAAUUAUUUUAUGGCUACAACCCUCCCAAGCGAGGAAAUCCCGCGGAAAAGUAAGUAUUUUGAAUCACACGCGUCAAAAUGGUUGAAAUGGUAACAUCAUAAUAUUAGGGUUACCACUUAAUAUAAGAAUAAUAAUUAAGAUAAAACAGAUUGAUACGAUUACUA